GCGCCUGGCUGGCGGCGGCCGAGAAGAGGGAAGAGGGCCAGUCGAAGACAGGCAGACCGCGGAGAAAGACCUCGAGCACCAGAGAGAGAUUGAGUGUGUGUCCCGGUGCGCGCGCGUUCGUGACCGCAAGCGAGAGUUAGCAGAGCAAGAAGUUGAGGAAUGCGUCGGGGUGUGACGCGGCGUUGAAAUCCGCAACGGCCUCCGCAGCGCGAUGCCGCGGCACCCGAGGAGACGCAGCGAGUGAGGCGCCGCCGCCCGAUGGUGGUGCGCUGCGGCGUGCGUUCAUGUUCAUGUUUCGCCGCAAACGCGCGCAACUGACGCAACGCUUGCUCAAGGCGGCCCGUCUCAACGCAGCGGACGAGCCCAGCGAUGCGCACCUGCUGCAGACGCACGUGCUCGCGCAGCUGGGCGACGCGCAGCUGCAGCAGCUGCUGCGCGUCGUCGAACGCGUUGACGCGCGAACCUGCUGCGUGCCGCUGCCCCGCGCUCGGCGCCAACAGCACGUCGACGCGGCGUCGACGUACGCGUGCUGCUGCAGCGCCGGCGAGUCGCCGCCUCCGCCUGGCGCCACUCGGACGCCCUCCGCGGCUCCGACGGACCCGCCGCCGCCGCACGUGCUGUGUUGCCAGACCUACCGAUGGCCGCAACUGGCGCCCGACGCUCAGCUCAAACGCCUGCCCCAGUGCACCUGUGAUGAUGACCACCUCGACUGCUGCAACCCCUUCCACUGGAGCAAAGUCUGCGGACCAGAGUCACCGCCCCCGCCUUACCGCCGCUACCCUGACGAGAAGUUGAGACCUGAAGAUCGGGCGCCAAGCGAAGGAAGCAGCAGCACCAACAAGCUGUCCACCUCCACCACCUCGCCCAAUUAUUCGUCAAUUUCCAAUUAUUCCCUAGGCAGCGUGCUGCGUUCUCCAUCCCUUCCUACAAGUGGAGAGGGCACCGAACAGACUGAUGAAUGGUGCAAGCUGGCGUACUGGGAGCAGCAGCACCGUAUCGGCGACCUCUUCUCGGUGCGCGCCUCCUCGGUGCACGUUUUUGGGGGACCAGCGCAGCCCGGCAUUGCGUCGGCGGCCCUUUGCCUCUCGGACCUUGUGCCCAAACACCCUGGCGUUCCUACCGAGCCCAGCGAACCCAUCAAGCGGACGCGCAGCAAAAUCGGAGAUGGAGUGCUGAUCAGUCAAGAGGGUGACACGGUGUGGGCGUACAACCUGUCCGAGUGUCCGCUGUUCGUAAACUCGCCGACGCUGGACGAGCCGCACUCGCGCUCGCUGGUGGUGUACAAACUGCCCCCGGGCCACUGCCAGCGCAUCUUCAGCUGGGAGCGCGCCGAGCAGCGACGCCUCUUCAACUCAGUCAUUGGCGGCGACCGCUCGAUGGGCCCUGAGAACUCGCACUCGGUGCGCAUCAGCUUUGCCAAGGGCUGGGGCCCCAAGUACUCGCGCCAGGAGAUCACCGUCUGCCACUGCUGGCUCGAGGUGCUGCUGACCAGGCCCGCCCGGUGACCCCGUGCGCAAGUGACCUUUCUGUGUACAAUGAGUGACCUGUUCGUUGUUCGUCGCCUCCGAGCCGCCUCCAUCAGGGACUUUAUUCUCUCUCGUACAAAUCGGUGCUGCAUUUUUCCUUUUCAGUCGGGUGAAAACAAUUUAAUAUUUUUUACGGGAGGCCCCAAAGGACGGCGGAGGCGGCCGGGGGCGCUCACUUGAUAUUAUGUACAUAGAGCGAGUACGCAGAUGAAAAUAUAUUAUAUAUUUAUAUCUAGAGUUAUACAUUUGAUUAUUUGUAUAUCGAUAUCAUUGCCAUUGUUGUGUUUUAAGAAGAGCUAAGAGUGUACCUGUCGAAGGCGUGUUACUCCUUCCCCCGGCACAGGGAGGCAAAACCGACUUCAAUUAAUCAUUACAACUAAUUAUUAUUAUUUUUUUUU